AACAUUCUCAGUUCUAGCCGUGGCAUUCGCGGCACCACAACCACUCCAUCGAAAGCCAGUGACCAUAACCACGGAGCCAUAACCAGAGCCAAGGGCUGAGAUCGGUUUGGCCCAUGAAAUGUGUUUAAUUACCAAUUGCAAUUAAAACAGUUUCAAGUGCACAGAGAACGUCACAAGAGCAGAGAGUCGCUGUUUCAAAUUGUGCCACAAAGCGGAGCUUCAAAAUGGAACUGAAAGGUGUUCAUCAGCAGAAUGGCAACAGCAAUGGCAACAUCGGUGCUGCUGCAGGACCAGAAGGAGAAGAAUCAGCACCAACAACACAGACACCGACAGCAACAGCAACAGAAACCACAACAGAAAAGGUGGAUGCAGAGAAGCAGCAGGCCGAGCGUUCCAAUUGGGGCAAUGGCCUGGAGUUUCUCAUGUCCUGCAUAUCGGUGUCCGUGGGUCUGGGCAAUGUCUGGAGAUUUCCCUUCACGGCCUACGAGAAUGGUGGCGGUGCCUUUCUCAUACCCUACAUCAUUGUGCUCUUCCUGAUUGGCAAGCCCAUGUACUACCUGGAAAUGAUCAUGGGACAGUUCACCAGUCAGGGCACUGUGAAGAUCUGGUCGGUGGUCCCUGGCUUUGUGGGCGUGGGCUAUGGCCAGGCCUUUGCCACCAUCUGCAUCAUCACCUACUACUCCUCCCUGCUGGCCCUGACGCUCUACUAUCUGUUUGUGUCCUUCCAAUCGGUGUUGCCCUGGUCCUACUGCUGGGACGACUGGAUUAACUGUGUGAACUCGAGGCCCCAGGAGGAAACGGAUAGCCUGCUCUUCAGCAGUAGUAAUAUUACCGCCCUGGCGAACACGGACACGGACACCGGGAAGCUUCAGAGCAGCUCCGAGCUCUAUUUUCUGAAUGUGGUGAUCAAGGAAAAGCUGGACAUAUCCGACGGCAUUGGUGACCCCGACUGGAAGCUAACGUUGGCUCUGUUUGUGUCCUGGGUGGUCAUCUUCCUGGUGAUCAUGCGCGGUGUUAAGAGCUCUGGUAAGGCUGCCUACUUUCUGGCCCUGUUCCCCUACGUGGUGCUAUUCAUUCUGCUGGUCAGGGCCGUCACCCUGGAGGGUGCACGGGACGGCAUCAUCUUCUUCCUGGAGCCGCAAUGGGGGGAGCUUCUGAAUCCCACAGUGUGGAAGAAUGCCGUCGUCCAGUGCUUCUUCUCGCUUGCUGUCGGCUCGGGCCCGAUCAUCAUGUUUGCCUCUUACAAUCGCUUCGAUCAUGGCAUCUACAGAGAUGCGAUGAUUGUUACCACACUGGACACGCUGACGAGUCUGCUGGGCGGCAUUACCAUCUUUGCGAUUCUCGGCAAUCUGGCGCACAAUCUGCAGAUCGAGAAUAUCCGCGAUGUGGUGCGCAGUGGCACUGGACUGGCAUUCAUCUCGUAUCCUGAUGCCAUAUCCAAGUUCCAGGCGGUGCCACAGCUCUUCUCGGUGCUCUUUUUCUUUAUGCUAUUUGUCCUGGGCAUUGGAUCGAUUGUGGCCCUGCAGAGCACGAUUGUGACGAUCCUUUGCGAUCAGUUCAAGAGCUGGAAAUACUGGAAAGUGGCGUUGGCCACCUCCAUGUGUGGCUUCCUUAUGGGCCUGGUCUAUGUGACUCCAGGUGGACAGUGGAUCCUGACGCUGGUGGACUUUUAUGGCGGCACCUAUGUGGUCUUCAUCUUGGCCAUCUUCGAGCUGGCAGGUAUUGUCUGGAUCUAUGGCCUGCAGAACUUUUGCGAUGAUAUCGAGUUCAUGUGCAACCGAAGGGUGUCCCUCUACUGGCGCGUCUGCUGGUCCUUCUUCACGCCCGUCAUGAUGAUUGUCAUCUUCAUCUACUCGAUGGUCACCAUCGAGCCCAUUACCUACAGCGAACAGUACUUCCCGGAGUCCGCAAAUGUGGCUGGCUGGCUGCUGUUUGGCAUCGGAGCCGCACAAUUCCCACUUUGGUGGAUGUGGCACAUUUCCCAUCACAGGGAGGGCAGCUUGGGACAAUCUUUUGUGGCCUCGCUACGACCCAGCGACAAGUGGGGUCCGGCCAAUCCCGAGACGAGACGUGAAUGGGUGAUCUUCAAGAACGAUAAGGCCGCCCAGAGAGCCACCAAGAAGCAGUCCUCCAAGUUGGGCGCCUUCUGGCAAAAGCUGGGCCACUUCUGUGGUAGCAAUAACUAGGAGAGUAGAUGUCCAGAUUAGAUCUGCGAUAUCUGAGUUUAGGUUUAUGUUAGUUAUAUGCCAUUAUCAGUCUCCAUGAAGCCAUCACAAAUGCCGACACAAAGCGAUACACCCACAGAGACACUUCAAUCGAUUAUAUCGAGUGGAGUGCAGUGGACUGGAGUGUAGUGAUUGAUCCCCAGUUAGCAUCAUUUACAUAUAUGUCUAAAUGUAUUAUUUAAAUUCCAUCCCCCCUUUUUUUUUCUUCUUUGUUAUCCUGUGUAAAAAUUGUUUCGUAACAGAUAAUAAAUUAUGAUACUCGUAAAUCAAAA